UUGCUACGGGAAGGCAAGGAGAAGAGGAGGAGAGCACUGCUCCAGGAAGAAGUGCGAGCAGCAGUGGAAGAAGAGCGAGCUAGCAGGAUGCUUGGUAUGCGGCAGCAGGGAGCCUGGACGCGAUGGGAGCAAGCAGCAGAGCGUAAAGUCACGUGGACUGAACUGUGGAAAGCCGAGCCCCAGCGCAUAAAAUUCCUGAAGAGAGGGACCCUGGAGCACAUCUUGAGCUGCUGUCCGAGGAGCCUGUAUGAGGGGCGCUACCGCUUGCGUCAUGACCAGGUCUUGAAGGGCAAAGCGAACACCAUCUGCAGUGGAAUAGCCCACUGCAAGCGCCUCCGCCCAGCAAAGAAGACCAUCUCCUUCAUCAGAGCUGAAGAAGGACCACCAGCUGUUGCCAGGGUCUCUUCCUCGGGCCUGCUCACAAUGGCACUGGACUGGGAGCUGAUGGCAAACUUGGGGAAACAACUGAACCUGUACAGACCGCACAGGUCUGCCAGACUGGCCACGCCCACCGCCGCCCCUUGGUCUCUGGAGGAUGCUGUCCCAUGUGGAGACCAAGGGGCGGCGGUGGGCGUGGCCAGUCUGGCAGACCUGUGCGGUCUGUACAGGCUGGCCACGCCUACAGGAAGUAACAUCCGUUAA